GUUGGCGGCAGAGACGCCGGUGCCACUUCUGCUGGAAAGUUGUUGACAAGUGAUGCGCUCCGCGAGGUCGACCAAGGACGGCAUUCGCUUAGCAGAGGAAGGCCAAUGGAGUGAACUCAUCAAGCGACUCCCGCGAUCUCCAGAACUUGCUGAACAGCGCGACCCGUAUGGCAUGCUUCCGUUGCAUUGGGCAUGCACGGAACAUAAUAUCCCGUUGGAUGCAAUUCGGGCGCUCCUGCUCGCAUUCCCCGAGGGUGGCAUGACCCGUAACGACUCCCAGCUCCUUCCUCUUCACGUCGCGAUACGAGCGAACGCUCGAUCGGAGGUUCUGUCCAUGCUGUGCUCCAUGUGUCCAGAUAGCAUUUGGGUCAAGAUGCCAGACGGCUUACGCGCACUUGCGAUGGCAACGAUGAGUGGUCUCGACCGUGAUUGCAUCCGCAUACUGCAGAAGGCCGACGAAAAGUACAGAUUUGCCCACCCCGAGGCAUGCGAGGACGAAAAUGAGAACGAAGAGUCAGACCCAGCGUACGAGGCAACCAUGCGCGACUUGUAUCGCCAGUCCCAAGUUAUGCGCGAGAGCCUUCGCGACAGCAUGCUCUUCACGAUGCAUUUUGAGCCGUCGUUUGGCGACAGCGCGGACCAGGAGGAUCCUAUGCGAAUUCAAGAGGUCGAUGACGACAAUGAGGAUGACGACGGCGAGGAAACGACAUCGACAUCUACGACGUCUCGGCAUCUUGGAGACGAUGCAACGGCGUGCGGGGUUUGCGACAAGCCGUUCACCAUGUUUCGAAAGCGGUACAUGUGUGCCAUGUGCCACGUGCCGUUGUGCAAGGCCCACGUCGCCGGCAAACUCCGCGUCGCGGCUCAGACAGACAAAAAGCAGCGUGUGUGCGCUGAAUGCAUGAUCCAGUCCCGACAUCCAUCCACAAAUCACUCAUGUGCAGCCCCAGGAAAAGCCACCACCCCCACCCCGCCAGCAGUAUCUCUUCGACGACCGAAGCUGGCCUCGGACCCGUCAUCCACGCCAUGCCAGCACAGUGCAAACAACCAAGUCGAAGAUGCCACGCCAUCUCGACCAAAAAGUGUAGUCGUUCCACCUCCACCAUCGGCAUCCAGUCCUCGAUCAUUUGGCGAACGGCCGACGCUGUCCAGCACAGACACGAGCAUCUGCAGUGUGGAGGUGGACGACCGGCACUUAGUGCAGGUCGUGAAAGCGCUGGAGCUGCGCAAUGGACUCCUGGAGGCGCGAGUGCUCGAGCAAGAGCGGCAGCACAACCAAGCGAUGCUGCUGUUGACUCAAACGAUGACAAGGCUCGCGGAACUCGAGCUCGCCCUUCGCCAUCGCCCCGUGGACGACGAAGACGAAGACGACGACGCGGGACAGUUCAAGCCCUCGCGAAAUCCAUUGCUCAAUCGGCACAGCUUGGAGUCGACGUGCAGCGUCGAAUUUCCCAACCCGUUCACGGAACGGUUUUCAGAAUAA